CUCCUCGAAGCGAACUCUUAUCGCGGACCAUAUGUUGCUUUAAGUCAUCAAUGGGGAUUGUCCACUCUUCCAAGUACUACGCUUGCUAACAUCGAGCAACGAAGACAGUCAAUCCCACUGGCGGGAUUGACGACCACAAUGCGGGACGCUAUAUCAAUCGUUCGAAGUAUGGGGCUCCGCUAUUUAUGGUUGGACGUUCUUUGCAUUGUGCAGGACUCGAAGGAAGAUUGGCUAGCCGAGUCAGCCAAAAUGGCUGAUGUGUACCGUUCUGCAAUCCUGACACUAGCAGUAGCGGACGCCGAAGACCACACAGAAGGCAUUUUCCGGCCCCGCGAAGCACACUGCGUAAGGCCUGUUCGAUUCGAAGACUUCCGUAUGCCACGAAGGGAGCGGAGCUGGUUCGAUGGUGAGGGAGCACUGUAUAUUGUACCUUCUUCUCAUCAGGUUGCCAAAGGUAUCCGUCCGAGGGGACCGCUUGAUUCUCGGGGAUGGAUCCUCCAAGAGCAGCUCCUCUCACCACGCAUCCUUUAUUAUGGCAAAGGCGAAAUUUUCUGGGACUGCGUCUCAACGUCUGCUUCUGAAUCCUCUCCAACAAUCCAAAGGUACAUGGAAGACGUGUGGAUCGAGCUUGUUCAGAACUAUUCAGCUAGAACUUUGACGCGGCCUCUGGAUAAGCUGGUUGCCAUGGAGGGAAUUCUCUCCUCAGUGGAGCAAAUCUUCGGCGAUGUUGUUGUCGCCGGCUUGUGGAGACAUGGGCUAUGGCGUCAACUGACAUGGUGGACUGAGAGCAUGAAGAGAAAUGUCAACUCUCAGUCUACAUCUGCUAAGUUCACAGCUCCUUCAUGGUCAUGG